ACGUGACGGGCCCGGCGGUAGCGGCGGCGGCCGCGGCGUCUUAAGCGGCGCCCAGUGCAGGAUGGUGCUGGAGGCGGCGGCGGCCGUGGUGGCGGCGGCGUCGUUGGCGGCAACGGGAGUGGGUGCGGCGGCAGCGGUGGCGGCGCCCGCGGGUGGUAUAAAAUGGCGGAUUUCGAAGAGUUGAGGAGUGGCUGUACCAUUUUACAUCCCUACCAGCAAUGUAUGGAGUGAUCCAGUUUCUCUGCAUCCUCGCCAGCAUUUGGUGUUAUCAGUGUUUUUCAUUUUAGCCAUUCUGAAUAUGGUUUCUAGUUUUAGGGUUUCUGAACUGCAAGUAUUACUAGGCUUUGCUGGACGGAAUAAAAGUGGACGCAAGCAUGACCUCCUGAUGAGGGCGCUGCAUUUAUUGAAGAGCGGCUGCAGCCCUGCGGUUCAGAUUAAAAUCCGAGAAUUGUAUAGACGCCGAUAUCCACGAACUCUUGAAGGACUUUCUGAUUUAUCCACAAUCAAAUCAUCGGUUUUCAGUUUGGAUGGUAGCUCAUCACCUGUAGAACCUGACUUGGCCGUGGCUGGAAUCCACUCUUUGCCUUCCACUUCAGUUACACCUCACUCACCAUCCUCUCCUGUUGGUUCUGUGCUGCUUCAAGAUACUAAGCCCACAUUUGAGAUGCAGCAGCCAUCUCCCCCAAUUCCUCCUGUCCAUCCUGAUGUGCAGUUAAAAAAUCUGCCCUUUUAUGAUGUCCUUGAUGUUCUCAUCAAGCCCACAAGUUUAGUUCAAAGCAGUAUUCAGCGAUUUCAAGAGAAGUUUUUUAUUUUUGCUUUGACACCUCAACAAGUUAGAGAGAUAUGCAUAUCCAGGGAUUUUUUGCCAGGUGGUAGGAGAGAUUAUACAGUCCAAGUUCAGUUGAGACUUUGCCUGGCAGAGACAAGUUGCCCUCAAGAAGAUAACUAUCCAAAUAGUCUAUGUAUAAAAGUAAAUGGGAAGCUAUUUCCUUUGCCUGGCUACGCACCACCACCUAAAAAUGGGAUUGAACAGAAGCGCCCUGGACGCCCCUUGAAUAUUACAUCUUUAGUUAGGUUAUCUUCAGCUGUGCCAAACCAAAUUUCCAUUUCUUGGGCAUCAGAAAUUGGGAAGAAUUACUCCAUGUCUGUAUAUCUUGUACGGCAGCUUACAUCAGCCAUGUUAUUACAGAGAUUAAAAAUGAAAGGUAUUAGAAACCCUGAUCAUUCCAGAGCACUAAUUAAAGAAAAACUUACUGCAGAUCCUGAUAGUGAAAUUGCUACAACUAGCCUUCGGGUAUCCUUGAUGUGCCCUUUAGGAAAAAUGAGACUGACAAUCCCAUGCCGUGCAGUGACUUGUACACACCUGCAGUGUUUUGAUGCUGCCCUUUAUCUACAAAUGAAUGAGAAGAAGCCCACCUGGAUUUGUCCUGUGUGUGACAAAAAAGCUGCCUAUGAAAGUCUAAUAUUAGAUGGGCUUUUUAUGGAAAUUCUCAAUGACUGUUCUGAUGUGGAUGAGAUCAAAUUCCAGGAAGAUGGUUCUUGGUGUCCAAUGAGACCGAAGAAAGAAGCUAUGAAAGUAUCCAGCCAGCCGUGUACAAAAAUAGAAAGUUCAAGCGUCCUCAGUAAGCCUUGUUCAGUGACUGUAGCCAGUGAGGCAAGCAAGAAGAAAGUAGAUGUUAUUGAUCUUACAAUAGAAAGCUCUUCUGAUGAAGAAGAAGACCCUCCUGCCAAAAGGAAAUGCAUCUUUAUGUCAGAAACACAAAGCAGCCCAACCAAAGGGGUUCUCAUGUAUCAGCCAUCUUCUGUAAGGGUGCCCAGUGUGACUUCGGUUGAUCCUGCCGCUAUUCCGCCUUCAUUAACAGACUACUCAGUACCAUUCCACCACACGCCAAUAUCAAGCAUGUCAUCAGAUUUGCCAGGAGAACAAAGAAGAAAUGAUAUUAAUAAUGAACUGAAGCUUGGAACAUCUUCUGAUACUGUGCAACAGUGAAUACAAAAUAAAACAAAUAAUUUGUAUUUAUGGAGUGGAAAACAGCUUGAUUAUUUCAAGGAAAAAUAUGACUGCCUUAUUAUUGCUAGUGUCAUAUUGUCAGGUGCGAAUGGUGCUCAAAAGUUGUAUCAUUAAAAUUUGAAAGUGAUAAACAUUUACACAUUUAAUCAUGUAGCAGUUAUGUUUUGUUAAAGUUUAUGACUCAAGGAAAAUGUGUUGUCAUCAAUAAGGGAAAAAGUCUAAUGAGUCAAUUUCACAGUGAAACACUUAAAAUUUUAAAAUUAAAAUUUUAUCAGUGUUAAUAAAAUAGUGUUAACACUACCUGCUUUUUAGUUAAAAGUGAUUGACCAUUUUCAACCAUGAUAUACUUAGGAGGGCAUAAAAAUGUAUCAGUAUGACAUGCUGCAAUUGAAACUUACGGUGAAAUAAGAAAUGCAUUUUGCUAAUAAACUAUGAAACAAGGCAGUAACAUUUUAAUCACUACUGAUGAAACUUUAUUUCAUAUAAGAGUUUUAAUAUUCUGCUUAAAAUGUAAAAUGCAAGAAGACUUAGAUGAUUUCGUUUUUUUGUUAGGAAGAAUAGCAUCUAAAAUACUAUACGAAACUUCACUGUUAGUACUUGAGAAAAAAAUGGUUUCAGUGAGAGAAAUAUUUACAUUAAACAGAUUUUAUAUAGACAGCACCCUUGUAAUGCUUGGUAAACAAUCUAGAAUUCCAACCAAAAUUUUAGAAAAAUUUCUAGGUAUUUUAUUAUGAUGUUGUAUAAGUCACCACAUUCAAUUUUCCGUGGAUGAGGUAUCAAGAUACAGAUAAGUAAAUCUCUUAAUUCUUUUCUAAAUAAACUUUAUAUUUACCGCACACAUGAAAUCAUCAAAGAGAAUUACAGUACAUCUGAAGAACUGGAAUGGAAAUAAUGAAAAUAGGAUCCUCAGUGGGCAUUCUCUGGUGAUAGAGCUUCAAUUUUUAAUUUCAAUUAAAAUAAAUACACAGGCUUGAUAUGAUUUUCAAACUUUUAUAUCAAGCUUGCAUAUUUAUUUCAACUGAGAUUAUGAAAUGGAAAUAGUUGAACAUCUAGAAAAUGAGCACUUUUGAGUGGUUUGGCGUCGGUACACAAUAUUCCAACACCAUCGUCAAUACUUCAGUGUUAUAAAAAGGUUUCAGUUACUAACAUGAACUGAGAGAUACAACAAAUAUUAAAGGUGAUUGAAUGUAUGAAACUGAAAAACUAUAAAAAGGUAGAAGCUAUUAUAAAUAUGAGGAAAACCGAAAAACUAAAAAGAUAGAAGGUACUGUAAAAAGAAAAUGGUUAUACCAUUUGAAGCAGAACAAAAUAAAUAACAUUCCAAUAAACUUUUUUUACUUAAUAAUAGAAAUUGUAAAUGUAAAACUCUGAAGGUAUUACAAGGGCUAGACAAAUUUUGAGUUCUUUGGCAGAAGCAGAGAGAUGAUUUACUGAAUAGUAUCAAUAUGUAGACAAAAUCUGCUUAUUAAGAUAUCUCACCUAUUAUUUUAAUAGAGAAGUCAUUGGAAAAGUUUGUUGUAAUUCUCUUUGGUUUAGUAUUGGCUGAAACCAUCGUAUCAUAUAGCUAGUGACAGACAUAUGAAAUGAAAACCUACAGCAAGCUGGGUGCGGUGGCUUGUGUCUGUAAUCCCAGUACUUGGUGAGGCUGAGAUGGGAGGAUCGCUUGAGCUCUGGAGUUCAAAAUCAACCUGGGCAGCAUAGUGAGACUCUCUCUCUAAAAACAAACAAACAAAAAAAUAGUAAUAAUAAUUAGCUGGGCACGGUCACACACGCCUGUAGCCCCUACUUUUUGUGAGGCUGAGGCCAGGAGGUAAAGGCUGCAGUGACCUAUGAUUGUACCUCUGCAUCCCAGCCUGGGCAACAGAGCAGACUCAGUGUCUCCCGAAAAAGAAAAAAAAAAAUCUGUAGCAACAAUUUUCAGAAAGGCUUUAGAAAUCGUUGGAAUGAUUUCUUUCAAAUGAUUGGUGCUAUAGCUUGUAUCGUUUGAUAAGCAUUUUUGUAAUACCAUUAUUUGGAGAUUAUAAGAUAAUAUAUUUAAAUUUUUUGAGUUAUAAAUUCAUACUGGUUAGUAAAUAUUUUAAAUGUCCCCACUGAUAUUGUCUAUUUUGCAUAAAAGCAUAAUGUCAGACUUUCUCUGUGUGGUGAUUAUAUUCAGAGUGUCUCUGAAUGCCAGCAUAAAAAUCGUGGAAUUGAAUAGAAAUUGGCCUGUCUUAAUGACGUAUGGUUUCUUUUUUAAAGUUUUGAAAUAAUUAAAGAGAAUUUAGUCACACAGGGAGGUCUAGGUGAACAGACAUUGAAGUUUAUUACUAGACUUUUCAGACCUAAAAAUUGUAUUUAUUAUUAUUAUUUGAAUAUGUCAAAAUUAUAUUACUGGACAAUCUUUUACACAUUCCUCUUUCUAAAACCUAAUUGAACAAUUACAGUUCUGUGGUUCAGAAAAUUACAUUAGCUCAGAACCCAGUAACCCUUGAUAACCGUGUUAGCGCAGCAAUUCCUGAGUGUGUGCUUUGUGCAGAGCGUUGGACUAUGUACUGCUCUUGAUGUGGGGACAGCUGGGACAGAGAGCUAUCAUUGAAAUAGACAUCUGUUUAAGAAGUGAUACUUAGAUGAACCUCUGUAUUUCUGAAAAAUAAAUGUGAAAUAUCUUAAGAGCUUAA